CUUCGAGAGUCUGGCGCAUGUUUUGUAUCCCUCUUCUGCGAAGCUGCCUGAGUCUUUCUGACAACUGUCAACGCACCGGUGUCUCACUGAAAUGUGGCUGUAAUGACGUUGGUCUGCGGCCUCCUCACAUCCUUACAUUGACCCAGGGAUGUCUCGUCCCGCUCCGUCCCCCAUCUACACCCUGAGGGGGGCUGGCGGGCCCCUCAACACCCUUCACUUUAGCUGCCAUGGAAGGGACACUCCCCUCCUAUUUUCUGGGUCAGGUAAAGGUGCCAUCCACAUCUGGAACCUGAACAGCAGGAGGGCUGAGAAGAUUGUAGAGGGUCAUUCUGGGAGCUCGGUGAUCUGGGUCAGCACGCUGCAGGCGACCGAUGCCCUCAUCAGUCAGGGACGGGACAUGCAGGUCUGUCAGUGGGACCUGAAAGAAGGUCGUAGCGAGGUGGUGGACUCGGUGUGGACCGGCAGCGUUGGAUUCUGUCAGUGUUCGCUGCUGGAGACGAGCCCUGGAAACUACCUGCUGGCCUUUGCUGGACAACAGACAGAGGAGAUCAAGAUUAUCGAGCUGCCCAGUAAGACUCCCGUCUGCACCCUGGUACCAGACACUAAGCUGGGCAUGGUCAUGUGUAUCAAGCUGUGGCAGCCAGACUCGGGUCCCGGACCUCUCCUGUUGGCUGGAUACGAGGACGGCUCCCUGUUGCUGUGGGACGUAACCCAGAGGUCCAAGCUGAGCCAAGCCAAAGCCCACCCUGAACCUGUCAUGUGCCUGACCUUUGACACCAAGCGACUGAGGGGCAUAUCAGGCUCCUCUGAGAAGAAACUCUCCUCCUGGAUGCUGGACAGACAGAACAACCUGCAGCUCCAGGACUGUGUGACGCUGGUCAACCCGGGGGUUUCCCAGAUGUGCAUCAGGGAGGACGGUAAGCUUCUGGUCUCAGCCGGCUGGGACCAUCGGGUGCGGGUAUUCGGCUGGAAGAAUCUGCGACCGCUGGCAGUGCUUCAAUACCACACUGACAUGGUGCUAAGCGUGGCCUUCUCAGACCACCAGGACCGCAGACAAAGACUCCUGGCUGCCGGAUCCAAGGACCAGAGGAUCAGCCUGUGGUCAAUAUACAACGAGGGAGCUGACACUGGCUGAACCUCGGAGCUCCAGGGGGGGAUAUACAGACUUUUACUCAAUACUUUAACUGUCAUGUGUACUGAUGCGAUGCAGCUGCUGUUCUGAAGGUAUUUCCAGCAUUCUCAAAGAAUCCUCUAAACAUGAAAAAAUACUCCAUGUCUGUUCCAUGAUUUUUAACCAGUUUCCCAUGCUUCAGCACAGAGAGGUGUUUCUGUUUUUUAGCCCACUCUCAUUGAUGUGAAAGGGGUGGACAAAAUAAUAGAAACACCUGGCAGUAUAAUGCAAUACAAUGCAACAGAACCAGAUCCUCUAUCUUCCAAAAUGAUCAUACAGCUGAAUGAACACCUCUCUGAAACAGCUGUACAGCCGAAACUGAACAUUAUAACCUUCGUGAAGAAGACCAGGCAAUGAAAAUGAAGAUGCAAGGAAAUUACACUGAACCGUGAAAUUGAAGACUGCAUUCCUUAUUUUCUCAUUUACUUUUGCAUGUAACAGUCAGUUAUACAAAUAAUGAUUAUUACCAAAAAAUAAAUAAAAAUCACAGGAGACAUAUGUGACCUGUCACACCUGUACAGACA